GUGACGUCACGGGGCGAGCGGAAGCGCCGGCACGUGCCGACUUCCUCCCCCGCCCGUCCCCCGACUGCCCCGAGGAAGUCCGGACCCGCGUCCUCCUCGCAGAAGAUGGCCUCGGCCUCCUCCUCAUCGUCAACAACCACCACCACCUCCUCCUCCUCCGCCUCGUCGCCCACCCCGUGGCCCGAGGAGUCGUCUGCUCGCCGCCUCGGCCUCUGCUCGCCGCUGGGCUCGCUGCGCUCCCUGGGAGGCCGCCUGUCCCGGCAGGACGUGGCGGCCCUCCGGGAGCGCUUCCCCGCCGACCUGGGGGCUGGCCCCGCCGGCGGAGACGACGGCGGCCGCUGCUGCUGGGGGGACCCGGGCAGCAACGGCGGCGGCGGCGGCAGCUGGAGCGGCGAGGAGGCGCUGUUGGCGCUGGCCCGGGCCGGGCGUCUGGGCGAGGGGGAGCCCCGCGCCCUCAGAAGGAUUCUGCGUGCCGCCAACAGACUCGACCUGGCGCACAGAGCCGCGGGGGGCUCAUACGGGGCGAGCGCGCAGGUGUAUUUGGAGCAGGCCGAGGCGCGCGAAGAGGAGCCUGUGACUCCGCUGCCGCCCUCCCGCAACCUUCGCGCAGGCGUGCGUGUGCGCAGGCGUACGAGCCGGUUCCCCAGGAUGCAGAUGCACGGCAGAGCCGGUAGAGAGGCCGCCGAUGGCACCGAGAAGCGCACGUGCGACAUUCGCUUGCGCGUGCGCGCAGAGUACUGCCACCACGACGCCGCGUUGCAGGAGAGCGUCUUCUCCAACAAGCCCGACCCUCUGGAGCGCCAGCUCGAGAGGUUCUCGCAGGCCGUCGCGACGCUUAAGUCGCGCGACCUUGGCGCCAUCAUCUGCGACAUCAAGUUCUCGGCCCUCACGUACCUCGACGCGUUCUGGCGCGACUAUCUCAACGGGUCGCUUCUGGAGGCCCUCAAGGGCGUCUUCAUCACUGACUCGCUCAAGCAGGCCGUGGGGCACGAGGCCAUCCGCCUACUGGUGAACGUAGACGAGGACGACUACGAGGCCGGGCGGAGGAGGUUGCUGGGCAACGCGAGUCCAUCGGCGGCGGCGGCGGCGGCAGGAGAAGCGGCGGCGGCGCCGGCGGCGGCAGGAGCAGCGGGGCUCUGAUGCGGCGAGCGCCGGGAGUGAGCCGUGUUGGCUUGCCCGCUGCCCCGUCCUGUACGAUGCUCGUCGCCACGGAUCGUUAAAGGGGCUUGUAACGAUCCACACCCAACCCGCCCGCAGCCGCUGUCGACGAUUGUCGUGGCUGAAUUUCGAGAGCGUCUGUCCUUUGUUGUGUCGUUUUGACUUUCUCAUCCGUAUUGUCUCUCGUUUUUUUUGUCUCGUCGUUCUCACCAUUAGCCUCAACGUUGACAUCUGUACAUAAGUUGCACGAUUGAUGCUUACACGCAAAUAUAAUUGAUGCUUACACGCAUGAUUCGGUGCACGUAUUGUGAGUGUAAGAAUUGAUUUUAAUAGGUGGAUCGUUACAUGCCUAAUAUUUAACAUUAUAAAAAACUAAGCAUCUAAUUACAUAUGUUAAACACAUUAAAUGGUUGGUAUACUUUCUAUUCAUUGGUUAGUCUCCAAAAGUCACUUCGGUAAAAUGGUAUUUCCAUUUUGUAGACGUGUUUUACAGAGACGAUGAUUGGAGCAGAGGGACUUUCCAUGAGCAGACGUUACACAUGGGCAUCACCGGGUGCGCACACAGCCGUGUGUUUGCAGAGCACUCGCAACGCUAAACAACACAAAAGGCAAAUGUGCAUUCGCAGGCAAACAUUUGCCGCAUCGCAGGCUCAUGGGCAUACGUACAACACAUGGGAACAAUUCAAGCGUAAUUGGACAAUUGGGCGCACUUUCAAACGCGCGCAAGCCGGUCACAUUACUGCUCCAUCUCCCCCUCCCUUGGCUGCUCCUCCAUCGUCAGUCUCGACCGCCGACCGUCUUCCCUUCUCGCGACGCGUCCCCGCCCAGGCUCACUUGCCUCUCGGCGGUCGAUAUGAUGAUGACGACUGACGUGGGUCCUCUAAUCCACGUGCUCCCCUUUCCGUCCGUCUUGUCCGUCGUCACCAUUCGUGUACUUGUCAGCAUCUGUUGCAUUUUCUAUGUCACGUCGUUGUCCACGUUCCUGAUCCCUGUGUUAUAGCAGUUAAUAUACUCGGUAAAAACUUAAUCCUUUCUGCACAUUGCUUUCGUUUAAUAGGUUCGGUUUUUCCAGAGAACCGUGUAUAUGAACUCUGAUGUGAUUUACAGUUGUCCUGUCAAGAUCUCUUCAGUUGUUUAGCAAACUUGUACAAGACUUUGUUAUUUUUGCUUUUGUUUUGUUGAUAUUUAUCUCGAGCCCAACUUUAAUAGUGUGCACAUACAGACACGAAACCACACAUCACGACUGGAUAUCAAGCAACGCCCCAUGGCCACAAUGAAACGACGCGACAUUCACACCCCGCUGGUGCGACGGGGAACCGCGUCUGCAGUGAAGAGUCGACAAGCCCACCGCACGCUAUGCAACACAAAUGGUCGCCAUUUGCGUACACGAGGUCGAACAAUUUGCGGUUGCAUACCAAGAGACGUGCUGUUGUUACUUUUGUGUCUAGUUGCGCGGCACACAUUUUUUUAAAAACGUGUUUGGCUCAUUCCCGUCUGCUCUCGCGCGACGAGUCGUUAACUUCUGUCGGCUGGCACACGCGGGAGGGUUGCAGUUGGCCUCCGGUUUGCGGCUCCAUCCUGGCAGCGUCGCAUCUGACGACACCUGCCCAUGACCGUGCACUUCGUGGUACCUUUGCAUUUACUUUAAAUAAAGAUUGAUAUGAGCACAUUGA